AAUAUUUCCUGGCUUGUUCACUCGCACAUCUCUUUGAAUUACACCGAUCUACUCCAUCUAUGAGCAACAUCGCUGCAGAGAUCAUCCUUCACCCCAAGGUCAACCAGACCCUCGCCGUUCUCGCUACAACAGUCGGCAGAGACAAGGUCACAAGGCUUCUGCAGUACCUUGCUAGGCUCUUAGCAUGGUCUCUCUUGCAACGUGGGAACGUUGGAGAGGCUGCUCGUUGGAACGGACUCAAGGGUGGCCUCGCCAAUGGUAGAAAAGUUAUGCGCCUGUUCCGUCCUGCCGAGUUCCUGCAAUCAGCUAUAAAUCUCGCCCAGAGGCCUGUCACCACCUUGAAGGGUCCUGCCCAGGUCGCCCACAUUGCGCAGAUUGGACGCCAGAUUGGCUACGCAGGCUUCCAUACAACGGACAUGAUCACAUGGCUGUCCUCCAUCCGAUUCCUCAAGUAUGACAAGCUCAAGACAGACCGUAUACAGCGACUCAUGUAUAAGUUCUGGUUCGCCGGCGUUCUCAGCUCCUUGGUUUCAUCUAUUGCCUCACUGCUUCGGCUUCGCGCAGACUCUAGAAGGUUUGCGCUUUCGACCGAAGUCGCGAAGAGGGAAGAGAAGGAGGGCAAGGACUUGGAAGCCGCCUCGAAGGACGCAUCGGACAGAAGAGAGCGUGGCAGGGCCUUACUCGCUCAACGUGAAACGAUCAUCUCGCAGAUCCUCAGCGACUCCUUGGACAUCUGGAUUCCUGCCACCGGCCUUGGACUUGUAAACCUGAGCGACGGAACCUUGGGUCUCUUUGGCGUCAUCACGUCAUGCAUGGGCGUCCAGGCGCAAUGGAACAAACACUCAGCUGCGGGUGUGAGAAAGACCAAGUAGGAUGGUAUUGAUGCGCAUAUAUGUCGGUAGGGUCGUUUCUGUGUUGAGGGGUGACAGGUGUCUUGUCGCGACUUCGUUGUCGUGUGAUGUCCGCGUACUGUACGAGUACAUGCGAGAUCGCAACCUUGUAUGAAGUGUAUAUGUAUGUGAGGUCACAGAUAGACCGUACAUAGAGGUACAGCUUGUGAAAUUGAACGCUG